AUGGAAGAAUCUUGUUCAGCACUUAAGCACCAUUUGUUAAGGAAAUGGGCUGUGCCGAAGGGAAGAAACUUCAUGAAAAUAGAAACUAUCAACCUCCCCCAACAUCAGAGUCUUCAGCAUAAUUCAAUGUUCAUAUGCUUUUCUACUUCCGCUAAUUUUCUCCAGAGAACUAUUCAUGCGAUGUCUGGAAUGCUAAACAAAGAUAAAACUCCUGAGUCGAGUAUUCGAGCGAUGAACUUUAGUUGUGAGAGUUUUAGUACCUUGAAAGUACUGAGAAAUGCCUAA